UUUAAUCGAUGAAUAUUUAAAACUUUUUUCUAAAUUGUGGGAGAAAAAAUUGCAGGGAUGAGUCAAAGUUGGUUGACUCUAUUGUUGAUGUGGUUGCAAAUGCUUUAGAUCCAUCACUUUUAAGUGUUGCCGACUACCCAGUUGGAAUCGAUUCUCGUGUUGAAAAACUCAGGAAGUUGUUGAGCUUGAGAUCAAAUGAUGUUCUAAUUGUUGCCAUAUGGGGAAUCGGCGGAGUAGGUAAGACUGCAACUGCAAAAGCUAUAUAUAAUCUCAUACAUCGUAGCUUUGACAGCAAUAGCUUUCUUGAAAAUGCCGGAGGAAUUUGGAAGCAAUACAAUGGCCCUAUUAAGUUACAAAGAAGGCUUCUUUCUGAUCUUCUACUUGAUAAAAAUCAAAGCAUUAGAAACUUUCAUCAUGGAAUUGAGGAAAUAAAAUGGCAAGCAUGGUGUCGGAGAGUUCUUCUCGUCCUUGAUGAUGUAGAUGAUGUCUCCCAAUUGAGGGCAUUAGCCAUAAAUCGAGAUUUGCUACAUCCUGGAAGUAGGAUCAUUGUAACAACUAGGGAUCUGUCUACGCUAAGUUCACUUCAAGUGGAUAAGGUGUAUAUGCCUGAGGAGUUGAAUAAGGAGGAAUCUCUUCGACUCUUCAGUUGGCAUGCCUUUAGGAGAGACUGUCCUAUAGAAAACUUUGAGAUCCUCUCUGAGGAAGUCGUUAGUUAUGCUAAGGGGCUUCCUUUAGUUCUUGAAAUUUUAGGUUCCGUUUGUCAGAUAGGACCAUACCAGAAUGGAUAAGAAAAUUGAACAAGUUGAAAAAGAUUCCUCAUAAUGAUGUUCAAGGAAAACUUAGGAUGAGCUUCGAUUCACUUGAUGAUGAACAGAAGGGUUUAUUCCUAGAUAUUGCAUGUUUUUUUGUUGGAAUGGAUCAAGAUUUGCCAAUCAAAAUACUAGAAGGCUGCAGUUUCUUUCCAAAAUCUGGAAUGGGGGUUCUAGCUCGUCGUUGUCUUGUAAGAAUUGAUUCCGAUAAUCAGUUGGCGAUGCAUGAUCUGAUUCAAGACAUGGGUAGAGAGAUUGUCCGCCAAGAAUCCUGUCGAGAGCCCGGAGAACGUAGCAGAUUGUGGUGUCACGAGGACGUUCUUGAUGUAUUGAUAAAUAACACUGGAACCAGACUAGUUGAAGGCCUAGCCUUGAACUUGCCAAGAUCCAAUGAGCCAGAACUGGAUGCGAAGGUGUUUGCAGGCAUGAGCAGACUCAGACUGCUUCAUCUCAGUAAUGUCCACCUAAUUGGAAGCUAUGAAUGUCUCUCCAGAAGACUAGUAUGGCUGUGUUGGAAAAGUUUUCAGUUGAAAUGUAUACCAUCUACCUUGUAUAUGGAUAACAUGGUUGCUAUUGACUUUAGCUAUAGCAGCCUCGAAGAAGUUUGGAGAGAAACCAAGGUUCUGAAAAAAUUAAAAUACCUCAAUCUCAGUCAUUCCUAUUUCCUGACAAAAACCCCGGAUUUUACUGGGCUUCGCAGUCUUGAGAUACUGUUGCUUAACCAUUGUACAAAGUUGGUAGAGGUUGACCAAUCUAUAGGAUGUCUGAAAAAUCUUCUUGUCUUGAAUAUGAAGAAUUGCCAAAAUCUUUGCAAGCUUCCGCGAAGCAUGUUCUUGCUGAAAUGUCUUGUCCAUCUUGAUAUCUCUGUCUGCUCCAAGUUAGGCGGGUCAGCAGUUAUGUCAUGGUAUUCAUCUUUCUCAUCCUUGGUAUCACUAACAAGGAGUCCAGAUUCUAUUGGGCUGUCACCGGCUUCUAUACUGGGAUCAAGUUGCAUUUUGAAAUUGUAUCUUGAAAACUGCAAUAUGUCGUACAUGCCCAGUGAAAUUGGUAGUUUGGUCUCUUUAGAAUGUUUGAAUCUUAGCAGAAAUAAAAUUUCUAACCUACCAGCAUCACUAGCCUUCCUAAACUGAAGGGCCUUUAUCUAAACCAAUGUACUUGGCUUCAAUCGCUUCCAGGGCUUCCAAUAAAGUUAAAGGGGUUGAGUGCAAACUACUGCACAUCAUUGGAAAGAAUAUCAAUUGAAUCAAAAGUGGAUGAAGCACGAUUCAUGACUUUUUACGGUUGCUCCAAAUUAGUUGACAACAAUUUUGCGAAUGAUUUUAGAAAAAUUCUCCUCCAAUGCCA